AUGGCGGCUUCGCUCCCGCGACCCGAGAGCCGGCUUUUCCGAACGUAUGGGCCUGCGGGCGGCGGGAAGCCGCGGGGGCGACCGGCCUGCGCAACCGCCCAGUGGUUCCCGCCGCAGGACCAGAAGCGUUUCUUCAGCAGCAGCGGCAGCAGCGAGACCAGCAGCGGCGGCCUUUCGCAGUGUGUCGCUUCCGAUGAUCCUGACGACCCGGACUUCUCUGGCAGCCCCGGCGGUCGACGGCUGAAGCGCCGUGGCGGCCGAGUCCCCGAGGACAGCCCGAACCAGUCCGUGACCCCAAAACGCCUGAGGCUGCGACCUCGGCCCCCGCAGAAGUGCAGCACCCCCUGCGGCCCGCUCCGACCGCCGCCCUUCCCCAGCCGCAGCCCGGGCCCCCUGAGCCCGGACACCAGCGGGUGCAGCCGGCCCACGAAGGGCGACGAGCUGGGCACCAGCGCCUCCUUGUUCAGCUCCCCGGCCUCGCCCGGCCCCGAGUCCCCAGCACCAAGGGGCAGUAUCAUCUCCACUUGCCCCUCCGCCUCUCUGGAUGCAGCCCCUGCAGUCCCGAACGGCUUCCACUUCUCGGAAGCUUCCCCGGACCAAGCAUCUCUCCCCUGCUCCCAGAGGGCAGCAACAGAAGGAGGCAGGUUCACCAGGAUGGUCCGCCAAGCCCGUGCCAGCCUCAGGUCAGCUCUCUUUGGUUUGAGCCUUAUGGAUUCGGGGAACUCUGAGGAUGCUGAGUUUGGGGCAGAUGGGAAGAAUAUGAAGGAGUCCUGCUGUGAAAGGGAACUAGUGGGAAACAGACUGGAGUGCCCAGGUCCAUCGAGCACAGGUCAGAAGAGGGCCACAGACCAGGACUCUUGUCAAGAGACUAGGCCUCAAGGGACUGUCCAGAUAGAACAUAAGGAGGCCACUGGAUGUACUGUACCUGGGGGAAUCUACAGGCCUGAGAGAACCGGGCGACAACGGAAAAGGAAACAUCAGGAGGCAGUGGAAAACUCCCUCCUCCACUACCACCAGUUUAAAAAGGGCCAAAAGAUGGGAAAAGAUUCAUUCCUCACCCAGGACGUGACUCAUGUACAGAAUGCCUGCUCUUGGACCAAAACCAGGGCCUCAUUCAGUUUUCAUAAGAAGAAAAUUGUGACUGAUGUGUCAGAGGUAUGCAGCAGCUAUACCAUUGCCAGUUCUCUCUCUGGGUCCCUCCUAUCAGAAUAUUCAAACCCUCCUGUCAUGAACAGAACAAAUAGUGCUCUGUCCUCUAGGCACUCCUCUUCUAUGUACUUGCUAAGCCCCUUAAAGACUCUGCAUAUUCCAAACAAAAAAGUAUCUGAUGCUGAAAAGGUUUAUGGGGAAUGCAAUCAGGAAGGACCCAUCCCCUUUAGCCAUUUUUUUUCCACAGAAAAACUGGAACACUGUGAGAAGAUUGGGGAAGGUGUGUUUGGUGAAGUGUUUAAAACAAUUACUGAUCACACACCUGUAGCCCUAAAAAUCAUUGCUAUUGAAGGACCAGAUUUAGUCAAUGGAUCCCAGCAGAAAACCUUUGAGGAAAUCCUGCCAGAGAUCAUCAUCUCCAAAGAGUUGAGUCUCUUGUCUGAUGAGGUAUGCAACCGCACAGAAGGCUUUAUUGGGCUGAACUCAGUGCACUGUGUUCAAGGGUCUUACCCUCCAUUGCUCCUCAAAGCCUGGGAUCAGUAUAACUCAACCAGAGGGUCUGCAAAUGACCGGCCUAACAUUUUUAAGGAAGACCAGCUCUUCAUUGUGUUGGAAUUUGAGUUUGGAGGGAUUGAUUUAGAGCAAAUGAAAAGGAAGUUGUCUUCCAUGGCUACUGCAAAGAGCAUUCUACACCAGAUCACAGCAUCCCUCGCAGUGGCAGAGGCAUCACUGCACUUUGAGCACCGAGACUUACACUGGGGCAAUGUGCUCUUAAAAAAAACCAGCCUCAAAGAGGUCCACUACAUCCUCAAUGGGAAGACAAACACCAUCCCCACCUGUGGGCUGCAAGUCAACAUCAUUGACUACACGCUGUCACGCUUAGAACGGGAUGGGAUUGUGGUUUUCUGUGACAUCUCCAUGGAUGAAGACCUAUUUACAGGUGAGGGUGACUACCAGUUUGAGAUCUACAGGCUCAUGCGUAAGGAGAAUAACAACUGCUGGGGGGAAUAUCACCCUUAUAAUAAUGUGCUCUGGCUACAUUACCUCACAGAUAAGAUUCUGAAACAAAUGACCUUCAAGACCAAAUGUAACACCCAUGCCAUGAAGCAAACAAAGAAAAAGAUCCAGUAUUUCCAUAAGACAAUGCUGAACUUCAGCUCUGCCACUGACCUGCUCUGCCAACACAGUCUAUUUCAGUGAGCCAAUUGUGUCUUUCUGCCUCACCAUAAGAGGACACUGGUCUUAAAGCCUCCGGUACUGUUUCAACAUCUAUCCACAAGGCAGGGUGGAAUUCCCAUUCUCACAUGUUUCCAAUCAGUUUUGCAAACAAUUUUAUUUCCAAAUGGAAACAAAUGUUUGUUGAAAUAUUUAAACUUGCUGUCACAAAUGUUUUUAAAAAGUAAACUACAUGUGAGAACAAGUGUUUAUAACUUAUAAGCCUUUCUAAUUGUCAGCAGAGACCAUUCUGUAAAUUCCUUUCCAGAUUUUCAUUUUUGAAGCACUUUAUGUAGUGGGGAGGGUGGAAAUCAAGAAAGCUCAGGCCUCAGCUAUCAUACCAAUCAGAGUGUGUUGCUUUAGGUAUCAAGGCUGGCUUUGGGAACCAGACUACAGAUGAGUCAACUGAAAGCAAAGGGGGUGGAGCAAAGCAGAGACCAAAAAAGACAGGCUAGAGGGAGAGGAAAGGAAGAUAGUAGACAAUUUAUAGGGGAAGUGUGAGAAAUGUCACAUGUUUAUCAAGCUCACCAAUCAUGUAGAGAUGCAGAAUUUAUUGAUUUUUCAAAGGGAAAACAAAUGUCUCCAUGGCUACUAAAAAGGUUGGAAUGUUUGCUUAUUUUUCAUGAAGGGGAGGAAAACUGAAAUGUUGUUUUAAGACCUGAGCAGUUGAUAUUUCUUGUGAACAUGACUUUGGUAAUUUA